UUCCGGGCGGGUCGGGAGCGGCCGGCGGGAGCGGAGGGGCUGACGGUGACCUUUGACCUCCCCCCGUUGCCUAGUCACCGUGAGACACCACUGCCGCCGGACUGAGCCGAUCAGACAUGAUCCUCGUGGUGCUGCUGGGAGUCCUGAGUGCCGCGGCUGCCGUGGAGGUCAAGAGGCCUCGGGGAGUCUCCCUCACCCAUCAGCACUUCUACGAUGAAUCUAAGCCCUUCACCUGCCUAGAUGGGUCUUCUACCAUCACCUUUGACCAAGUCAACGAUGACUACUGUGACUGCAGGGAUGGCUCAGACGAACCUGGGACAGCAGCCUGCCCAGAGGGACGGUUUCACUGCACCAACGCAGGCUACAAGCCCCAGUACAUCCCUUCAUCCCGGGUCAAUGAUGGCAUCUGUGACUGCUGCGACGCCACCGAUGAAUACAACAGUGGCAUCGUCUGCCAGAAUACCUGCAAGGAGAUGGGCCGGAAAGAGAGGGAAGCCCUGCAGCAGAUGGCCGAGUUAGCCCGGGAAGGAUUCCGGCUUAAGAAAAUCCUCAUCGAAGAAGCGAGCAAGGGCAAGGAAGAGAAACAGAAAAAGCUCGUCGAGUUGCAAGAUGGGAAGAAGUCACUAGAGGAUCAAGUGGAGAGGCUCAAGUCACUGAAGGAAGAAGCGGAGAAGCCCGAGAAAGAAGCCAAAGAGACCCACCUGAAGCUGUGGGAAGAGCAGAAAGCUGCCGUCCAGGCCGCCCGCGAUCAGGCCCAGGCCAGUAACGCCUUCCAGGAGCUGGACGACAACGCCGACGGAGUAAUUUCAGUGGCUGAGCUGCAGACCCAUCCCGAACUGGAUCCAGAUGACGACGGAACCCUGACCGAAGCAGAAGCCCAGGCUCUGCUGGGUGAGGCCAUGCAGGCGGAUCCCGUCAGCUUCCAGGAAAGCAUCUGGGCCACCAUCAAAAAGAAAUACAGGCCCGAGGGCCUGCCCGAUGCCUCACCUCCUGUGGAAGCCCCAGCAGAAGGAAACCCAGAGCCUGUCCCUGAGCCCCCAGUGGACCCUCCAUCCCCUGAGGACGAGGAAGAAGAAGAGGAGGAAGAAGAGGAGGAGGACGACGACGACGAGGAGGAGGAAACCCCUGAGGAGGACAAGGCCCCACCACCCAAACAGCCAACUGACAAGGUGGAUGAGGACGAGGCGGAGGAGAAGAUGCCCCCUUACGAUGAGAGAACUCAGUCCUUCAUUGACGCUGCCCAGAAAGCCCGGGAACAUUUUGAAGAAGCCGAGAAGUCCUUGAAGGAAAUGGAGGAAUCUAUCAGGAGCCUGGAGCAAGAGAUCUCGUUUGACUUUGGGCCCAGUGGGGAGUUUGCAUACCUGUACAAUCAAUGCUAUGAGCUCACCACCAAUGAGUACAUCUACCGCCUGUGCCCCUUCAGCAGAGUCUCCCAGAAACCCAAGCACGGUGGCUCCGAGACCAACCUGGGAACGUGGGGCUCCUGGGCUGGGCCUGACGAGGACAAGUUCAGCAGCAUGAAGUACGAGCACGGGACCGGCUGCUGGCAGGGCCCCAAUCGCUCCACCAGGGUGAAGCUGCUGUGUGGCAAGGAGACAGCGGUGGCAAGCACUACAGAGCCGAGCCGCUGUGAGUACCUCAUGGAGUUCAUCACGCCUGCGGUGUGCCAGGAGCCCUUUGAGCCUGCCGACCACGAUGAGCUCUGAGGCCUUGGAGAGAGCCAGGCUCCCAAGUGACAGAGGGGAGCGGGGCAGGUGGCCCCCCCCAGGCUGCUUCUCCUAGCCCCCCUCCGCGGUCCCACGUCGGACUCGUUUGUUCACUCCUCCUAGCCCAGUGAGGGGGACCCCCACCCCACCCCUCCCACCCCAAACUUGGCAGGGGCUAAGCCCCCGGUGGCACUGCUCCUCACCCCUUUGCCAACCUGGAAAGCCCCCUUCACUCUCUCUACUCCUGCCCCCAUUAACAUGUCUGGAGGCAUCAGAGGCCGCGGAACCCCGGAGGGCUUUGGUGAACUCAGCCGCUCCCUUCAAACUACAGAAUCUGAAUGUCCAAAAAUUGCGACCGCUUCUCCUCUCUUCCUGUCCUUCUCCCGGGUCCCGGGCCCCAACCCCAUCCCCAGCCUUCCCCCUACCUCAGCCUCGGUUCACGGCAGGACCCGGGUUUGAACGGCACGGCAGCCAGGCUACACGAUCGCUCUUCUGUGACCUCGGGAGAUAGAUUCCCCUUCAAUAAAGAUGGAUAUUUUCCCUUCGUUCCCGA